AUGGGAAAGAAAACGAAAGUAGGAAAACAGCGGAAAGAUAAAUAUUAUCAACUUGCUAAAGAAACAGGUUUUAGGUCAAGAGCUGCUUUUAAGUUAAUACAGUUGAAUCGGAAAUUUGGUUUUCUCCAAAAAUCGCGAGUAUGUAUCGAUUUAUGUGCCGCUCCCGGAGGAUGGAUGCAGGUGGCUCACCAAAACAUGCCUGUAUCCAGUGUUGUGAUAGGUGUCGAUUUGUUCCCUAUAAAACAAGUACCCGGUUGUAUCAGUCUGACCGAAGACAUAACAACGGAAAAAUGUAAAACAGCUAUUAAGAAAGAAAUCAAAACAUGGAAAGCUGACGUCGUACUUCAUGACGGAGCUCCAAAUGUUGGUUUAAAUUGGAUCCAUGAUGCUUACCAGCAGGCCUGCCUCACUUUAAGUGCAUUAAAAUUAGCAUCACACUUCUUGAGAGAAGGUGGAUGGUUCGUGACCAAAGUGUUCAGGUCAAAAGAUUAUCAUGCAUUACUGUGGGUGCUGAAACAAUUUUUUAAGAAAGUACAUGCUACAAAACCACAAGCGUCUCGUAAUGAGUCCUCCGAGAUAUUUGUUGUGUGCCAAGGAUAUAUCGCCCCAGACAGUAUUGAUCCCAAACUUUUGGACCCCAAACAUGUGUUUGAAGAUCUUGAGAUAGUUAAAAAGCAACAAAUGAAUCUUUUGCAUCCCGAAAAACAGAAAAAACCAAAAGCCGAGGGUUAUAAAGAAAAUGAUUACACAACAUACCAUAGUGUUCCUAUAUCAGAAUUUUUGGAUAAAGAGGACCCCAUAGACUUGCUACAAGGCUGCUCUGAGAUAACAAUAGAUGAUAAAUCUGUACUCGACCACGCUAAAACCACAAAAGAAAUUAUAGAAUGCUGCAAAGACAUAAAGGUUUUGGGAAGGAAGGAUGUGAAAGCUCUUUUGAGUUGGAUAAAACAUCUCAAAGAUUGGAAAGCAUCACAGAAUGCUACAGAAGAAACAGAGAAAAAAGAUGAGGAUGAUAAAGAAGUAGAAGAAGCUUCUGGUGAUGAAAAUGAUGAAGUUGAUAAUGAAAUAGCUGAACUACAGGAUGAAGAAAAAAGGCAACUGAAACGAAAAAGGAAGCAGUUGAAUAAGCAGAGACAAAAAUUAGCCGAGAAAAUGAAUCUUAAAAUGGUUUUGAAAGGAGACGAUGGACCGAUAUUAGAAAGUCAUGACAUGUUUUCUCUCUCUGACAUCAAGAACACUCAACAAUUAAAUAUGAUAGUUGAUCAACAACCAGAUAUAGUAUUGGAGAAAGAGGAUUCCGAUGACGAUAUGAAGAAGAAGGCAAAGUUUGUUAAAUAUGAUAUAGAAGAAUCCAAGUUGGAUUCAUCCGGAUUGUUCUACAAGGAUUCCGACAGUGAGCUGGAAAUGGAAUCCGAUUCCGAUGAUGAAAAGGAGAAAGAGACUUUAGCAUUUUCUGACUCCGACAAUGAAUCAAAGAAAAUUGAUAAGCUGACAAAGUUGAAUACAUUGAGGAACAGCAAGAUCAGUAAAGAGAAACCAAUACCUAAGAAUAAUCCAUUGCUGACAGACCUCGAUGACACAGAUCCAGUAUCUAAAAGAACUAAGAAGGCUGAGCUCUGGUUUGAGAAAGACAGCUUUAAAGAAAUCGAUGAGGAAGAUGAUGAAGGAGUAGACUUGGAUAAAUUAGCUGAGUCAUACAGAGAGAAAGGCAAAAAGGUGAAAGAUCUGUCAAUGGGUAUAAGUGAUAUGAAAAAGUCUGGUGUGAAGAGGAAAAAUGAAGAGAGUUCAGACGAAUCAUCGGACAGUGAUUAUGAUGUGGAGGAAAAUGUGUCCCCUACUGAUAAAAGUGGAGCAAAAACAACAAAGAAGGAUGGAUUCGAAGUAGUCGCACAGGAUCCCGAAUUAAAACGUCUGAAGAAAAAUUUAAAAAUGGAUGCUGAAACUCUAGCCUUGGGCACAAUGAUAGCCACUUCGAAGAAAUUUAAACGAGACCUAAUCGAUGAUGGCUGGAAUCGAUACGCCUUUAACGAUACUAACCUACCAGAUUGGUUUGUAGAAGACGAAAAAAAACAUAUGAGGAAAGAUAUUGUUGUACCAGAGAAAUACACUGAGGAAUACAAAAACAGAUUACAAGACAUAAACGCAAGGCCAAUCAAGAAGGUUGUCGAAGCUAAGGCUAGGAAGAAGAAGCGUAUGAUCAAGAAAAUGGAGCGAGCGAAGAAGAAGGUUGAGGCUGUCAUGGAAAACGCUGAUAUGUCAGAAAGAGAAAAAGCCCAACAAGUUAGACAGCUGUAUAAAAAGGCGCAAACGGAAACUAAAAAGAAGGUCACAUAUGUGGUCGCCAAAAAACAUACGACCGCCAAACGUAUGAAACGACCUACCGGGGUGAAGGGUCAAUAUAAAGUGGUUGAUCCAAGGAUGAAGAAAGAUUUACGAGCUCAGAAGGCGAAGGAGAAAACUAAAGGUCGCGGCAAGAAAGCGGGCAAAACGGGCAAAACUAACAAACAGAGACCCGCUAAGAAAAAAGGGCAUAAGGCCAAAUGA